UCGGCUAUUUUUUGCCUAGCAGGUCACGAGCGAACUUCAAUUAGGAGCAUUUUUAUAUUUUUAUAUCGGAAGCUGGCUCCGAUAAGUUCCCCGACUCGAUUCUUCUCGCAGACUCGUGCUCAAACAACAAGUGGCCAAGGUUACUUGGCGUAAUGUGCCGAGUGUUGCAUCAGUGAAUCUUAAUUUUCAUUCAGCUCCAUUGCAAAUAGGAAAAUAACAGCAAUACGGUGCAGAAUGCCGCAAGAAGAUAAUGGUACCGCUCCAGCGGAAAGUGAUUCACUGGCCCCUAAUGAUCAAAACCAUCCGGACGGCCCCGUUGAAGCACAACUCCCAGCACAGCUGCAACAGCAACCGUCACGCACUGAAUCGUUCUUUGCCAUCACCAAAUCGCUGAUCAUCCGAGCAUUGAUUAUUUAUUUCAUCUCUUCAUUCUUCCGCCGUCCUGCCCCGGAUGCCGGUGUGAACCAGCAGGCAACGGGCAAAUCGAAGAUAAAUGCCUGGAAUCUGUUCGAGAACGGUACCGUGUUCGAUUUGCACGUGUACAUCUCGGAAGACCAGUACAAUGUGGACUUUAAUGAUCCGAGCAGCCUAGUUUGGUUGCAGGAAGGCCUGGUGUACGGUGAUUGGUACGGGGGCCAGAACAAGGACGGCAUCUUUACGCUCAAUACUCACAUUAAAGCGUCUGAUCAGCUGAUGAACAAUGGAUCGAUAUACCUGCACACGUACGUCACGAAGACAGGCCUCAGUCCUAAUCCGGCGGCGGGUGAAGAUUUUGCUGGCAAACAUAUGGGCCACGCAAGAGCGAUGCUUAGCAAGUACAAACGGAUCAAGCGAACCAAAACCCACAACUUGCUCGCCGGAGACAAGGAGAAGUUCGAGAAGGAACUAGAAAAUGCCCUGGUGGAUGAUAAAAUACUCGCCCACUGGCAUCCAAAUCUCACCAUCAAUCUCGUGACGGAUCAAACCAACUGGGUGAAAGGAUCCGUGCCGCCCCCGUUGGACGAGUACAUCAAAUUUCUUCCGAGUGGACAAACGUACCUUCCAAUCGUGUUCUACAACGACUACUGGAACAUGAUGAGGGACUAUCAGCCCAUCAAUCGUACGACUCCCGUGCUGGAGCUUAACCUAUCGUACCAGCCACUGUCGCUGUUCAAGUGGCAGCUGUACGCCGCUCAGACUAUGCGCAACAAAUGGGCCAACAACAUGUUCACGGAGGCACUGUCCGGCGGUACCGAGACGGACGAAGAUCAAGACUCGCUGAAGGAAGCGCUGCUUGACAACAAUCCCUAUCUGUUGGGCAUCACAAUCGUCGUAACGAUUCUGCACAGCGUAUUCGAGCUGCUGGCGUUCAAAAACGACAUCCAGUUCUGGAAUAAUCGCAAGUCGUUGGAGGGCCUCUCAGUCCGGUCAGUAUUCUUUGGUGUGUUGCAAUCGGUGAUCGUGCUGCUGUACGUGCUGGACAAUGAGACAAACUUCAUGAUCAAGAUCAGCUGCCUGAUGGGGCUCGGUAUUGAGGUGUGGAAAAUCCAGAAGGUGGUCAACAUCAACAUCAGCAAGGAGAACCGCAUCUUCGGCUUUCUGCCCCGCAUCACCUUCACCGAUAAGGGAUCGUACGUGGAAUCGAGCACUAGGCAGUACGACAAUCUUGCAUUCAAGUACCUAGGAUGGGUGUGCUUCCCGCUGCUGCUGGCGUACAGUGUGUACAGCGUGCUGUACCAGGAGCACAAAGGAUGGUACUCGUUUGUGCUGAACAUGCUGUACGGGUACCUGCUCACGUUCGGUUUUAUCAUGAUGACGCCGCAGCUGUUUAUCAACUAUAAGAUGAAGUCGGUCGCACAUUUGCCCUGGCGAAUGUUGACCUACAAGUUUUUGAACACCUUCAUCGACGACAUCUUUGCCUUCGUGAUCAAAAUGCCAAUGAUGUACAGAAUCGGAUGCUUCCGUGACGACAUUGUCUUCUUUAUCUUCCUUUACCAACGUUGGAUCUACAAGGUGGAUUCGAAGCGUGUCAAUGAGUUUGGGUUCUCGGCAGAAAUGUUAGCAUCCAAGGACGAGGCAACGGUCGCGAAAGAGCCCGCAGCUUUGGCAGAACCUAGCAGCCCCAGUAGCGCCGAUGAGCAGGAGGCUCCCGAAGCAGGAAGCCAACCGUCCUCCCCGAAUGCAAAGAGAAGGAAGAACAAAAAGUCUUCCCCCAAGCGCAAGGGGGCAAAUAAGACGGCCACGGACAAGAAAGAUGACUAGGGGCAACCAUGCUGCUAGUAACUCAUUGAAUUGCUUUGGCCGCUCUUGCUUGGGGCAAAAACACGUGUACGCGCGCAUGUGUGUGUGACAGUGUUUGUGUGUAGGCAACUGUUGUCUUAUAAUGAUAUCUUGGUGCGUUAAUUGCGCUAGCGAAUUUGUUUUGUACCCCCUAGUUUAUUUAAUUUUGUCGUAGUUAUUAGCAAUGACGCAGUACCACAACCUACUGACGAUCGCGCUCCAGAUCCAGCUGAAACCAAUAACUGUAUGAAAGCUUUACUAGGUUCAUUCGUUUCCCUAAAUACUACAUUUAGUAAGAUAGUGCGGUGUGGUGUAGAGCAAAAGGAAUGAACUGUGGUACGUUUUACAUGAUCAAAGUACGUGUUAGUUGUAGUACGAUAACUCAAAGCAUAUGAAUUUCAAAAGCGAACAAAGAAUUAUUCGAUUGGCCAUCACCUC